AUGCAGGGCGGCGGAGGGGACGAUGGCUGCCCGCGCGUGGCGACCUCCGUGGAGUCCUUGUUUCCGCCCACGUUCAACCCGGGCGUGUCCAACGAGCGCGUCGUCUCGGUCAUCAUUCCGUCCUACCGCGAAACUCCAGAGGAGAUGAGCCUGUCGCUCGGAUGCUACACCAAGGAGGCACUGCCGGACGAGAUGUUCCGCCAGCGGCUCGAGCUGUUCCUCAUCCUCGACGGCCACGACGAGAAGGAGCCCGAGGAGUCCAACCCCACCCUCUGCGGCAUCAAGGCGCUGCUGAAGAAGCGCGCGACGACGCCGAUCGAGCAGGUGGACACGCGGCUGUUCCGCCUGUACCGCGGGAAGUACUGCGGCAUCCCGUUCGGCUUCUACAUCAAGCGCGCCGGUCUGAAGCGGGGGAAGCGCUUCUCGCAGCUCUUCUACUACGAGAUGACGCAGAUCCGGCGCGUCGUGCUCGGGUGGGAGCCGUACGCGCUCUUCCAGGGCGACGGCGACACGAGCAUGGAGCGCGGCGCCCUCCAGAAGCUCGUCAACAGCCUCGUGGAGAACCCCAGCUGCGCGGCCACCACGGGACAGAUCCUGCCGCUCAACUUCUCCAGGUGGUCGGUGCUGAACCCGCUCGUGGACGCAGUGGCGCCGCAGGUGUGGGAGUACACCAUCAGCGGGGUCGUCGACAAGGCGUUCUACGCGGCGAGCAAGUGCGUGCUGGUCAUGCCCGGGGCGUUCAGUCUGCUGCGCUACAGCGCCGUGCGGGACUGCUGGCCCGCGUACAGCGCCCGCACGCGCGCGGGCGACCUGAUCAGCCUCAACUGCCUGGACCUGGGCGAGGACCGGUACCUGACGACGCUGCUGCUGAUGUGCGGGCACGACACCACGUACGUCGAGGACGCGGUGUCCUACACCUCGGUCCCGCAGACGUGGCGCGAGCUGCUGGUCCAGCGGCGGCGCUGGUUCAACAGCGCGGUGCUGAACGACGUGAUCCUGGCCCUGAACUGGCGCACGCUGUUCCGGUGGCACGCGUGCCGCUGGCUGGUGUACGUGUUCACGGUGUGGUCGCUCCUCUGCGGCGUCCUCCUGCAGCCCGCCAUGACGCUGGCGCUCUUCGCGACCGCCGACCUCCCCACGGACGCCACGAUCCGCGGGCACAGGCUCCGGUACCGCUCGUACGAGUCGCACGGCCUCCCGCUGGGCUGCCCGAUCGGUGCGCUGAUCUACGCGUCGACGUCGUGCGUGAUGGUCGCCCUGGGGACCAUGAUGGUCCUCAACCCGCGCUUCCACGCCGGCACGCUCAACUACGCCUUCCUCCUCCUCCUCUGCCUCGUCGGCGCCAUCGUGUUCGGCAGCACCACGUGGCUCAUCGGCGCGCGCCUGUCCUACUUCGUCCUCGUGCCCGUGGUGGUCAUCCCGACCGUGCUGCUCAGCACCGUCGCCCUGCGCGUGCGGCCCAAAGAGUGGCUCCGCGUCCUCGCGGGCGGCAUCCUCGGCGCCGUCAUCUUCCUGCCCAUCUUCAGUGUGGUGAUCCCGAUGAACGCGCUGGCGAACCUCAACAACGGCUCCUGGGGCACGCGCGAGACGAAGAAGGACGCGAAGACGACCGAGCAGGAAAUCGCCGCGGAGGCUCGGCAGGCGCAGUCCGAGCGGCGCAUGGCGCAGAGCUUCGUCCGCCGCACCGCGCUGGAGCUCGUGCAGCAGAUGCGUCGCCCAAUCAAGUUCCUGACGCGGGGGCACCUGGACCUGGCGAAGAGCCGCACCUGGGCCGGCGACGAGCUCGUGAACCUCGAGUCAGACUCGGACGACGCGGAGUCUUCGCUGCCGGGCCACCCCCACGCGCUGGCGGCGGUGCACCCCAUGUCGAACGAAAGGGGGGGCUCGCAGCCCGAGGUCAGUCUCAUCGACGCGCUCCCCGCGACGCUGUCGUCCAUGCUCACCGCCGCGGACGGCGGCUUCGAGGCGAUGAAGAAGGCGCUGUUCCGCCUCCUGCGGCGGUCGGAGCAGCCUGAGACGCGCGGGCAGGACGGCGACGAGGAGGACGACGACGUCACACCGGAGCGCUUCGUCGCGAAGAUCAAGAGCACCCGAGAGAGCGCCGGCCACGGCGCGUACACCGCCGCCGCCCUGUGGGCCAGCCCCGCCAAGAAGCCGAAACUGGGAGCCGUGGCACCCGAGCCCCCCGCGGCGGCGCCGGCCCCGAAGCGCGACGAUUCCCAGCCCGGGCCCGGGGUGCAGCGUGCGGUGUCGCGCAUGAUGAACGGGUCGCUCCUCGCGGGCCACUCCGGGCUGCUGAAGACGUCGGUGCAGAACUCCAGCAAGAAGCUCCUGCAGCCGAUGCAGCCGGGCGUGUCGCGGCAGAACACCCUGCAGCGGCUGCAGAACGGCAGCUCGAGGGCGCUCAUGGCGGGUGGCCCGGCGCCGCCAGGCCUGCCGGGCAACCGCGAGGCCCCCCCGGGCCCCGCGCGGCAACUGACGCUGGACAUCCCGCAGCUGCCUGACGCGCCCGACGCGGCGUCCCCGCUUGCGGCCGAGACCGCAAAGGUCCGGUUCGCGGCACCGAGCCCGAGCGAGAGCCCGAGUCCGCCCGCGCGGAAGCAAGCGGCGUUCCUGACGCAGAGCGACGACGGGGGAGUCGAGGCGGAGACCGUGGAGGACGCGCUGGGCCUGCUGGCGCACUCGCUGCUGGAGCUGCCGGCAGAGGUGCUGCUCGCGGAGGUGGCGAUGGAGGAGGAGGCCAAGUACGAGAGCAUCCUGGCCUCGCGGCUGCAGCGGCGCCCGUCGAGCGUGCAGCGGCGGCUCAAGAGCGGGCGCCACGGGCCGCCGCGGAACCUCAGCCGCGCGAUGAGCCGGGCGCUGUCGCGCGCGGGGCAGUCCACGACGCUCCUCCGCGGGGAGCCGCCCGUGCUGAGCCCGCGCAAGCCGUCGUCUCACGCGUCCCCGCGGGCCCCGAGCUCCACGUCGCGCGGCACGCGCCGCGGCGUGCGGUUCGCGUCGUCGGCCACGAGCGCCGUCGCGUCGCAGGAGGAGGACAGCCAGGCGGAGGAUCAGUUCGCACCGGACCAGGACCUGCCCCCUGUGCGCGAGGUGUGGGCCGAGGGGUCGCGCGUGGUGUCGCGCGUGCCGAGCAGCGUGACGCAGUCGCGGCGGAGCAUGGAGCUCCCCGGGGGCGCGGUCCGGCGGGUCGUGGGGCCGUCGGAGCCGUUCGCGCCCAUCGACGCGCUGGCGCGGCUGUUGCGUGUGCGCAAGCUGUCGCAGAGUGCGCGGCGCAUGCUGGUGUUCUGGGUGUGGCUCUGGACGGUGAUCCUGCUCGGGGCGGUGUUCGCGGCGUGGCGCAUGUGGGCGGAGAGCAACGCGGCGGACUCCGGGGAGCGCGGGGGCGCGCCGAUGAACUCCUUUGUCAUCACCAUGGUGAGCGUCUUCGGGCCGGUGCCGUACACGAUCCGCGUGGCCAUCAGCAUGACGUGGGCCGGGCUGCACCGCAAGAUGUGGGUUUGCUGGCCCGAGUACGCCUUCGCGACGCGCCGCCGCGCCACGGGGCGGCCCGUGAGUGGCCGCACGGACACGGGGACCCCGCACAAGUCCACGGGGCGCGCGGUGGCGCCCGUCCCUGACGUGGAGGAGGGCGCGCGCGGGGCGUGGUGA